GCGCUGGUUCACAUCUCCAUCUCGUUGUGGAUCCAACCCAACGACGGCGACGUUUUUUUCAAGGUGGACGGAAGCCGCUUCGGGCAAACCCGAACCGUCAAGCUGCUCACGGGCUCCAAGUACAAAAUCCAAGUGCUCGUCAAGCCCGGCGCCGUCGAGGCCACGAGCAUGAACAUCGGCGGCGUGGUGUUCCCUCUGGAGGAGCAGUCGCGAGACGCCGAUCGCGUCGUCUAUCACGGACGCUACGACACCGAGGGCGUCCCGCACACCAAGAGCGGCGACCGGCAGCCCGUGCAAGUCAGCAUACAGUUUGAGCGCGCAGGCACCUUCGAGAUCGUGUGGCAGGCCAAGUACUACAACUACUACAAGCGCGAGCACUGCCACUUUGGGAACAAAUUCAGCAGCAUCGAGUACGAGUGCAAACCCAACGAGACGCGCACCCUCAUGUGGAUCAACAAGGAGGCCUUCAACUGAGCGCCCGCAUUCUUCGUCUUCUCCCGCCAUUCGUCGCCAGCGGCGGUCGGACGGACGGACGGCGCCGGCGGAGGGCUCGCGGCUCCCCGACAUCCUUUCCCGUUGUUGUUGUUGUUGUUGUUGUUGUUGUUGGGAAUGCCCUUUGUUUGGUUUUCAUGUUGUUUUCCUUCCUUGAUUAAAACAACAAAAAAACAAAAAGGAGGCAGCAGAAUAAAAGCGCCCGCUCACUCGUUCGGCU